UCUGUGGAGGAUGGACUGGAGGAGGAGGAGGAGGAGGAGGGAGGAGGAUAAACCCAAGUUCGGGAUUAGACGGAUUUCAUUGAGCGUGUGCGCACCGCUGAGACAGGAGGCAGCAGCAGCAACAGUUCCCGCGGCGCAAAGGUUCCCCCCCAUCACCACUUACAGUGAAAAUGGCUAAGUCCAAACCCUGGCUGCUGUGCUGUUUCAUUCUGUGCGGCCUCGUUUGCGCCGUCGCCCUCAUCUGUCUGUGCAUCGCCUCGCUUGUUGACAGAGGAUGCUCCAGCGGCAGCUUCAAGCAUGCGGCCGUGUCUGCAGACUCGCUGCGCUGCUCCGAGAUCGGCAGGAACAUGCUUCUGGAGGGGGGUUCGGCAGUAGAUGGCGCCAUUGCAGCUCUCCUGUGCACGGCUGUGGUCAACCCUCAGAGCAUGGGCAUCGGAGGAGGGUCGAUAUUAACUGUGAGAAAUAAAACGGGUCAUGUUAAAAUCUACAACUUCAGAGAGACCGUACCGCUGACGUCCAAGCUUAACCUGUUGAGAGACUGCCCCACUACCUUCACCUUUUCCACAGGCAGCCAGUGGAUCGGCGUUCCCGGAGAGCUGAGGGGCUACGCAGAGGUUCACAAACAGUACGGGAAGCUGCCCUGGGACAAGCUGUUUCAGCCAACAAUCAAGCUGGCCAGAGAGGGAAUCCCCAUGCCAGCCUUUCUGGGAAAUUUCCUCAACCUUGACAUGGUCAAGUCAUAUGUGGAACAGUCAUCUCUGUGUGAAAUUUUAUGCAAGAACAAAACUGUUCUCGGCAAAGGAGACACCCUCAAGUUUUCUAAACUUGCAGACACCCUGGAGACCAUUGCAGAGAAAGGGGUCGAUGAAUUCUACUCUGGCAAGAUAGGACGUGACUUAAUCCAAGACAUAAAAGCUGCAGGUGGGACGCUGACAAUGAAGGAUCUGGAGUCCUUCCACGUGAAAGUAGAGGAUGCAUGGACCGUUCCUCUGGGAGACACUAAGAUGCACAUUCCUCCUCCACCUGCGGGGGGUGCCCUGCUCGCCUUUAUUCUCAGGAUCAUGGAAGGAUUCUCUUUGACUUCAGACUCCCUGGUCGGCAACGAGAAGAUUCAGCUGUAUCAUCGCUACAUAGAGGCAGCCAAAUUUGCUAAUGGACAGAAGAGGAGCAUUUGUGAUCCUAAAUUUCAUAACUCAACGCGUGCAGACCAUUUGAUUAAUCCCUCCUUCAUUAACCACAUCAGGAAGAGGAUUUUUUCAAACCGCACUCAUGACAACUCGUACUACAACAACAUCAAGCCCUCUCUGGAUCAAAUGGGGACCACACACGUGUCUGUCCUGGAUGAAGAUGGACUGGCGGUCUCUGCCACCAGCACCAUAAACCAAUUAUUUGGAGGAGCUGUUUACUCUUCGCGAACAGGCAUCAUUCUCAACAAUGAGUUGGCUGACUUUUGUGGAAGAGCAGACUCGCUGAAGCCAGGUGAACAGCCUCCCUCCUCAAUGACUCCGGUGAUAGUGGAGUCAAAGUCUGGAGGGAUCCUUGUAAUUGGUGGAUCAGGAGGAAGUCUGAUUACCUCAGCGGUGGCCUUGUCCAUAAUGAACCGCCUGUGGCUUGGAAUGAAUUUGAAAGAUGCCAUCGAUGCCCCUAUAUUGUUUGUUGAUGCAAGUAACAACGUGAAUUUCGACCGUGGUUUUGACCAGUCUGUUAUAGAUGGCCUCAAAGCUCUUGGACACAAAGUCGGGAACUGGAAAUACUUUGUCAACGUGGUCAAUGCCAUUGAAAAGGAGCAUGGGUGCAUUGUGGCUGUGUCAGACGGCAGGAAGAAAGGAAUGUCCGCUGGAUACUAAGCAUGAGGAUGCCUAACCUUUCCAAUAAUAUCCGCCCUUAAGACUGACUGAAAGUUUGGCCUUAAAAACAAUGAAUGUGCUGCAGCUGUUUCCCAGCGGAGCUGGUGAGCAGCGCAGUCAGUCGCAGUCAGCGAACAGUACACCUUAAAAAGGUAAAUCCAGAGAGCACUUCCAUUUUAUUAAAGCUAGUAUGAAAUGUUUUUAUAGAAAAAAUAAUGCCUAUAAUGAGAUAACAACACAAUAUGCAGUUCUUGAGAUCAUGAAUAUUAAUAAUAACAAACGGGGCAAGAAACAGGAGAGGCUCAGAUGAUCUAAUGCAGAUUUUUUAAAUCACCUUAUAAACUGUAAGCACUUAUCUCAAAUCCAAACGUUCCAGAGUAAAAAUGAGCAGAACUAAAAGUGAAUCAAUACACCAAUGAUGCAAUUUUUAGGAAAUGGGAACAUUAAAAUGAAACCAUUAAACCAUAACAGCAGCGAAUGCAGUAAUAAAUGUGACUACUUCUAUUGCAAGGUCUCAAAAGGACAAAAGAAAAGCGAAACAAAGUGUUAAAAAUCAUUUCCUCAUUUCUGCUCUGCCUGUUUCACUGUGCCUUUCUAUACAUGUACUGACAAAUCUCUUAAAAAGCAUAACAAUACACUGGCCUCUGCACACUGAACCGCCAUCAU